AUGGGAAAGGAAUACCCAAAAGGCUCUCUCUGGUUCCAUCAAAGAUUAAAAAAUGCAUUUAUUCGAAAUAAAGAAAUUGAAGAUGAGGAGAAAAUUAAAGAUUUAAUUAAAAGAGGGGAUUAUGUGGUUAAAGAAUUGGAAAGUUUGUAUCAAUUGAGAAAAUAUAGAGCACUCAAAAGUCGUUAUUAUGGUUGAAAAAAGGAAAGAAAAGGUUUUUUUUAAUUUUUUUUUAAUUUUUAGACUCCCUAUAAGGGAAGAGUUGAUAUUUUUAUGAAUUUUUUUUUGGAAUUUUUUUUCGUUUAAGUAAAAAAUUUUUUUGUAGGAUUUUGACUGAAUGUCGGGGAAAAAAUGAAAGACUAAGAAAAAUUCGAAAAAAUACUCAACUCUUCUCAAUCAAGUUUGGGUAGUGCUACCCGACAAUCCGGACCUUUUUUGACCCAAAAAUCUGAUCCGAAGGAAUUUUUGAAGACCGAACCAUCCUUGUUCUCAAUGCCUAUUUUUAGCUAUUUUUUUGAAUUUUUUGAAAGAAUUUU